AUGUGCGACACGGACGGUGCUGUGAUCAAUGACGAUCAAGCAGAUACCCAUGGUCUAGAACCUGCACCGGCCUCUCUACCGUCCGACGGGGAUGACCGACUUCUCCCAGACCCAUCUUCUACUCCUGUCGGAAUGGAUCAUUUCACGCAGUUAGAGCAGCUCAAGAAUAUGCUCCAGGAAGAGAUUGCGCGUCGGGAAGAGGCAAAAAGCAAGGUGAAGGGCUUGGAAAAUGCUUUGGCCGAAUCGGAAGCGGAACGGAUAGACGUCCGGAAAUCUUGGAAGAAAGCUGCGUUAGAAGUUGAUAAACUUCGAAAAUCAGGUCAAGUAUUCUACAAACUGACGGACGAAUAUCUGGUAGAGCUCAUUACCCAGCUGAGAUACACUAUUCGAGACUUUGCUCUACAAUAUUUCGACGGGAAUUUCCAGGAAGCGACGGGAGUAGACCCCCCUGUAAGGGUUACACACUUUUCUCGGAUCCGUGACGAAAUUUAUAGGGAUCGCUCCCUCUCCCGCGACCAAGGUUCACCCAACCCUUCGCGCAAAAUAUAUCUCGAAUACCUGGAACACACCACUCCGGCUGAAUGUUCAUACAGGCACUAUCUUGGAUCUGGGAAUUUCUACAAAAUUAUCCAGGCCUUUUUGUGGAAUGUCGUCAAAGGCAAAAUCCUCGGCCACUUUCUCUGGAUGAACAGAACGACCGCAGGAGACUUUUGGAACCUGAGGCUUUCGUUGAGGCCAGGCAAAAGUCGUCCAGAUCCGGAGGCUGAACGCAAGUUCCAAAUGUGGAGUGCGACCACAACGGGGUUGAUUUUGGACGCGGUGGCGGUGAACUCUAAGGAAGAACACGAUGACCUCUUGAAUUUGGAGAAUAAGAAGGCGCGUAUCAUCGGGUAUAUCAAGGAGACCAUUGGCCGAUGGUCAACCCCCGACAAUGGCGGCUUCAACGAUCAGCUUUCCGCAAUUCUAGACAAAGCACUGGCACUUGACCGGGAGAUCAGCAGGCAGGUUUCUAAAGUAGAAUGGAUAUUUGCCUGGGAGCGUUCAGCAAAUAAUAAGUUCAACCCCGACACCAUGGAUUUGGAGAAGGGGGAUACGAUUCCGCACAAGGACGCAGAGUGCGGUUUGUGGUCGCUCCUGGUGUGCUGA